UCGCUAUUUCUACUUAAAUUCAUUUAUACAGCAGAUAUAAUAUCAAGAAAUUUAUAACUACAUUUCGUUUUAAUAAAUGUAGAAUCUAGUUAACAAUAAAUUUAAUUAUUUGGUAACUCGAAGUGAGAUGCUUCAGUAACAUAUAAAAUUAUUUAAUUGCUUGAUCGGUGUAAGAAAUAAGAAGUGACAAUUUUCUCUUUGGUAUAGUGCAAUUGUGUAUUUUAUUAUCACAUAGAGGUUAAAGAAUGGCUACGUCUUUUAUUAGCAAAGAUAUACCCGAUAUAGAAAAUAUAUUACAAUUAAAUCCAAAAACAAAAUCUUUUGCAAAUCUUGUUCCAUCAACAAUUACAAAAAAAGAGAAACAAAAAUGGAAGAGAAAUAUCAACGACAAGUGUGAUAGUUGCUUAUCGUUCAAAAACAAUUUCGAUGACAUAAAACAUACGACACUGAGUGAAAGGGGUGCAUUGAAAGAAGCGGCACGUUGUUUAAAAUGUGCUGAUGCGCCUUGUCAAAAAUCCUGUCCGACUCAAUUGGACAUCAAAUCUUUUAUUACUUCAAUAUCGAACAAAAAUUAUUAUGGAGCAGCUAAAGAAAUUUUUUCAGAUAAUCCUUUGGGUCUUACAUGUGGUAUGGUUUGCCCAACUAGUGACCUUUGCGUUGGUGGCUGUAAUCUUCAUGCCAGUGAAGAAGGUCCUAUCAACAUUGGUGGUCUUCAACAAUUUGCUACCGAUAUCUUCAAACAAAUGAAUGUUCCUCAAACACGAAUCCCUAAUCAAUCAGUUCCACAUGCCGAUACGAAGAUCGCAUUGAUCGGUUGUGGUCCAGCAUCUUUAUCUUGUGCCACGUUUCUUGCACGUUUAGGCUACAAUGAUAUAACAAUUUUUGAAAAACAGCAUUACAUCGGUGGUCUGAGUUCUUCCGAAAUUCCACAAUAUCGACUUCCAUAUGAUGUAGUAGAUUUUGAAAUAAAUCUAGUUAAAGAUCUUGGAGUAAAAAUUGAAUUGGGUAGAUCGUUAUCAGAAAAAGAUUUAACGAUUCAGGGACUUUUUAAAACAAAUUGCAAAGCCAUUUUUCUGGGUAUUGGUCUUCCAGAGCCAAAAACAUUAACAAUCUUUUCUGGAUUGACAUCAAACGAAGGAUAUUAUACAUCGAAAAGUUUCCUUCCAGUUGUAGCUAAAGGUAGUAAACCUGGAAUGUGUUCUUGUAAGAGUAAUAAUGAACUACCACAUCUUCGAGGAAAUGUAAUAGUUUUGGGUGCCGGUGAUACAGCAUUUGAUUGUGCAACCUCUGCUUUAAGAUGUGGUGCUAAAAAGGUCUAUGUUGUUUUCAGAAAAGGUUUUACCGAUAUUCGUGCUGUCCCUGAAGAGGUUGAUCUGGCUCGAGAAGAGAAAUGUGAGUUUAUACCUUUCCAAUCACCGAAACAAGUGAUCGUUCGUAAUGGAAGAAUCGUUGCUGUUGAAUUCUGUCGAACCGAAAAGAAAGACAAUGGUGAUUGGGUUGAGGAUGAUGAACAGAUUUGUCGAUUAAAAGCUGAUUUUGUUAUUUCAGCUUUUGGAUCAGGAUUACAUGAUUUGGAUGUAAAACAAGCUAUGAAACCGGUAAAAUUUAAUACAUGGGGCUUACCGAUAGUGGAUACAAAAACCAUGAGCACAUCCGUUCCUGGAGUAUUUUGUGGUGGUGAUUUGGCUGGUAUUGCUCAAACUACUGUAGAAUCUGUAAAUGAUGGCAAAACAGCUGCUUGGUAUAUUCAUAAAUAUUUACAGGAAUCCUUUGGCAUAAUGGUUCCAGAUACACCACAAUUACCGAAAUUCCAUACACCAAUUGAUGAAGUCGAUAUAAGUGUUGAAAUGUGUGGUUUAAAAUUUGAAAAUCCAUUUGGCCUUGCAUCUGCACCACCCUGUACAACUAGUGCGAUGAUUCGUCGAGCUUUUGAAACUGGCUGGGGCUUUGCUGUUACUAAAACAUUUUCUUUGGAUAAGGAUCUAAUUACUAACGUAUCACCGCGUAUCGUUAAAGGAACUACAUCACGGCAUCAUUUUGGACCUGAACAAAGUAGCUUUUUAAAUAUUGAGUUAAUAUCCGAAAAAACUGAAGCAUACUGGUGUCGUAGUAUUACCGAACUUAAGAAAGAUUUCCCUACUAAGAUUGUAAUCGCUAGUAUAAUGUGCACUUAUAACAGUGCAGAUUGGACAGAACUUUCAAAAAAAGUUGAAGCAGCUGGUGCUGAUGCUUUAGAGUUAAAUUUAUCUUGUCCACAUGGUAUGGGAGAAUCUGGAAUGGGCUUGGCAUGUGGACAGGAUCCAGAGUUAGUCAGAAACAUUGCAAGAUGGGUCAGAGCAGCAGUGAAAAUUCCAUUUUUCGUUAAAUUGACACCGAACAUAACUGAUAUCGUAUCAAUAGCUAUAGCAGCUUAUGAAGGCAAUGCAAAUGGGGUGUCUGCUAUUAAUACAGUACAAGGUUUAAUGGGAUUAAAUUCUAAUGGGAUACCAUGGCCUGCUGUAGGAUAUAACAAAUUGACUACAUACGGUGGAAUGUCUGGAAAUGCAACCAGACCACAAGCUUUAAGAGCUGUGUCAUCUAUUGCUAAACAGCUUCCUGGAUUUUCUAUACUUGGUAUAGGUGGUAUCGAUUCCGCUGAAAUUGCUUUGCAAUUUUUACAUUGCGGAGCAUCUAUUCUUCAGGUUUGCAGUGCCAUUCAAAAUCAAGAUUUUACACUUAUCGAAGAUUAUGUGACCGGUUUAAAAACAUUGUUAUAUCUUAAGAGUCUUAAACAAACAAAAGAUUGGGAUGGUCAGAGCCCACCUACUUUUAAACAUCAAAAGGGCAAACCAGUUUCUUUGCAACAUGCUCUUGGUAAAAAUAUACCAUACUUUGGAGAAUAUCAAAAAUUGCGAGAAAAAAAGAUCGCAGAGUUAAAAGAAAAAAUGAAUCUAUUAGAUGUUAAUUUUUCAUCAACAAGACCAGCACCAGAACCAGUUGGAUCAGUACCAGCUGUAAAAGAUGUUAUUGGAAAGUCAUUGUCUCAUAUUGGGACUUUCAAAGAAUUGAAUAACAAAGAACAAGUUGUUGCUUUAAUAGAUGAUGAUAUGUGUAUAAACUGUGGAAAAUGUUACAUGACCUGUGCUGAUUCUGGUUAUCAAUCAAUUACUUUUGAUUCAGAAACUCAUAUACCAAAAGUAACUGACGAUUGCACAGGUUGUACUCUUUGUUUAUCGGUGUGCCCAAUUAUCGAUUGUAUUACAAUGGUUCCAAAAACAAAGCCACAUAUCAUUGUAAGAGGAAUACCACCGAAAGGUUACAUCGAAGCACUAAGUUAAUCAGUAUAUUAAACAUUUAUAAACAAAUAUUAAUAUAAAUCGAAAAAAUAUUAUAUAUAAAAGAAUUACUAUUAUUUUCAUAACAUUAAAAUAUUGUUACUAUUAAUUAUUAU